GUUCCGUACCGUGUUUCGUGCUGUUGAUUUUGUGUUAUCCGUUUUGUAACCUUUAUAUAUUGAAUACUUUUGAACAUUGCAAUACAAAAAAAUGUCUGUAAAAAAGUGUCUUAUUAAGGUGUGUUCAAACACAAGUAUCAAUUUACCUGAUAAAAUAUUCUUAUCAGAUCCGAUAGACCUUGACACUAUUAUUCUUUGGUACCAGGCUGCAAGUAUUGAAUUCCUACCACUAUGUUAUACUGUUGUGAUUUGGCAAAUGAUGCAGAAAACUGGCAAUAUGACAAGACAAUUGGGCAGAGGUUACGACUAAAACCCGGCGUGAAACCACACAGGAACCUGUCAGUUCAGAGUUUAGGUACGUCACAAUUGAAACACACAUGAAAAAAGAGGGAAGCUGAGAUGUUAGAAAUAUUAGAAAUAAAAAACUUCACUGCAAGAGAAAACCAAGGGCAAAAUUAUUUGAUGAAUCGCAGCCAGGUACAAGCAGAGAUCUGCAUCAUGAUGAAUCUUGCCAGCAAGACUCGAGUAUGCUACCCCUGAAGAAAGCUACCAAAGGAGUCCAAGUUAAUGUUGAUACGAAAACAGUGUCAACCAGCACACUACCUCAUAUGGCAGAAAAGGCUGUUGCCACUAGUCAUCUCAAACUAAAACAAUUGGUUGAAAAGUGCACAGGGAUUUGUAGUGAUAGCACUAAUGGCUCAAGUGGUAGUUCCUUCCCGCAGCUAUUAAGCACUUCAUCAGGAAGCAAUGGAGCAAGACUGAAGACAUCAAAAGAGGGACUAGAAAUAUCUAAAUUAGAGAACAAUAGUCGGUUUUUCUUAGGUUUGCCUGAACACUGUUUCUAUAUUGUAAAUUUAUUAGUUGAAGGUGGACUGGAUUACAUUGAUGUUUUGAUCACAAUGACAAAAAUUAGGACAAACGAUCAGUUUUCAAGAAUAGGAAUUGAUUUUGGUAAAAGCACAAGUGCAAUUUCUAAAAUUUUUAAUAAAACUGUUGUAGUAAUGGCUCCUUUAAUGAUACAGUUGAUUGUUUGGCCUCCCAGUUGGAAAAUCAAAAAAUUAGUACCAAAUCAAUUUAAAGCCUAUUACAAUAAUGUACAAUCAAUUAUUGAUUGCUUUGAAGUUGAAAUCGAAAAACCUUCAAAUGCCCUGCAUCAGGCUAAAACAUGGAGUGAAUAUAAAAAGUGUAAUACUAUAAAGUAUCUAGUGAGUUGUACUCCUAAUGGGCCGAUAAACAUUAUUUCUAGUGGGUUUGGAGGAUGUACAAAUUGUUGAGAAAUCAGACUUCAUUAAUGUGAUUCCAGAAAACUGCAUAAUAAUGGCAGAUAGAGGUUUCAAACAAUUAUUUUGUAAAACACCAAUUUUUCCUUUUGUAGGUUAAAAUACUUGUAUAGGACUUAUUUGAGGCUGUUCUUAUAAUAUAAUUUUUUGGAGUAUC